CCCGCUCCGCCAACUCGGCCGAAUCCGAGAAUGCCCAAAACCUCCGCCCCCCAAGGCCCCAGCCUCAUCAACAACUCCCCUUCACCCCCCAACUCAUCCGCCUCCGAUUCUAACGCGCGCCCCUCGCCCUGCAAAUCUCGGCCUCGAAUCUCAUCCUAUUACCAACCCAGUUGGCCCUUUUCUAAAUAAAGGACAAUGGGAGCAUCCGUGACAGCUGGUAUGCAGAUGCUGGCCGUGCGUUCUUGCAUCCCAGCCUGCAAACAAGUGCUUGGUUCGACAUCAGCGCUAUCUGCAUUUGGAAGGACACUUAGUACCAGAACUGGCUUUGCUAGCUGUUCUAAACCCACAUCAGCAGGGCCAUUGAUUUCUUCGAAUUGUAAGAGGGUUGCCGUGAGGGCAAUGUCUCAGGGAGAUGCCCAAGGGCUUCCCAUUGAUCUCACAGGCAAAAGAGCAUUUAUUGCUGGCGUUGCUGAUGAUAAUGGUUAUGGUUGGGCAAUUGCUAAGGCUCUUGCUGCAGCUGGUGCUGAGAUUCUUGUUGGUACAUGGGUGCCUGCAUUGAACAUAUUUGAGACAAGCUUGAGACGUGGAAAGUUUGACGAAUCACGGAAGCUGCCUGAUGGAUCUCUUAUGGAGAUCACUAAAGUAUAUCCACUGGAUGCAGUUUAUGACACUCCUGAGGACGUUCCUGAAGAUGUUAAAGCCAACAAAAGAUAUGCUGGAGCUUCAAACUGGACUGUUAAGGAAGUUGCUGAAACUGUGAAGAAUGAUUUUGGCAGCAUUGACAUCCUCGUGCACUCUCUUGCUAAUGGUCCCGAGGUAACAAAGCCUCUGUUGGAGACAUCAAGGAAAGGGUAUCUUGCUGCAAUUUCGGCAUCUAGUUAUUCAUUUGUUUCUUUACUUCAACACUUCCUUCCCAUAAUGAAUCCAGGAGGGGCUAGUAUCUCUUUGACCUACAUAGCUUCUGAAAGGAUAAUUCCAGGCUAUGGUGGUGGUAUGAGCUCAGCAAAAGCAGCACUUGAGAGUGAUACAAGAGUUCUUGCGUACGAAGCAGGUCGGAAAGGCAAAAUCAGAGUGAACACAAUAUCAGCAGGUCCACUGGGAAGUCGGGCUGCAAAAGCUAUCGGGUUCAUCGAGAAGAUGAUAGAGUAUUCUUAUGUCAAUGCGCCACUGCAAAAGGAACUAUUGGCCGAUGAAGUUGGCAACACAGCAGCGUUCCUCGUGUCUCCGUUGGCAUCUGCAGUCACUGGCUCAACUAUUUACGUUGACAAUGGACUCAACACAAUGGGACUUGCACUCGACAGCCCUACUUUAUCCACAUAAACGCAUUUCAGUUGGAUAUGGUGCAGUUGGGUUUAAAGCGGAGUAACCUGCGCAGCCACGCAGGUGAGAGAGGCUGUCUGCUUGUGGAAUCAGAUCAAAGGAUGGUAGAUUUGCAGGAAAUUCAGUUUAUUGAUUUCAUUGAUUUGGACUAUCAGUUGCCAUUCGGAAGUAGAAUUCUAGGAUGCAGUCUAUUGGUCCGUGUAAUGCUAGGCUUUAGCGCUUUUGUAGGAAACUGAGCUUUCUUUGAUGCCGUCACCUUGUGUUUGUGUAAGUAAAUCGUCCAAAGUUUGGACCUUUUGUGGUAAAUGUUUUGCAGUUCCAUCCAGUCCGUUUGUGUGCGCCGAUCA